UUUCUUUGCAUCGGACAUCUAACCGCGGUCCAUCCAAUGGUGUGGUGCUCUUUUGAGUCGCUGUGGUGACGAGAUUGUUUCGACGGAGGCUGUGAUGGGUUGACAGGUGCUUGACAGUCGCGGUCAGUGCAAGCAUGUACGCCAAAGGGAAGAGCAGCGUGCCAUCGGACAGUCAAGCCAGAGAAAAAAACAGCAGCUCUACCAAAAGAGUUCCCGUCUCUCACCUCAAUGGCUUCUCACCUUCCCUUUUCUGCAGGUUAGCUCUCUAUGUGUAUGAAUAUCUGCUACAUGUGGGGGCUCAGAAAUCAGCACAGACCUUCCUGUCAGAGAUCAGAUGGGAGAAGAACAUAACAUUAGGAGAGCCACCAGGGUUCUUGCACUCAUGGUGGUGUGUUUUCUGGGAUCUCUACUCUGCUGCUCCUGAGAGGAGAGAAAUGUGUGAGCACUCAAGUGAAUCCAAAGCUUUUCAUGACUAUAGUGCAGCAACAGCACAGAGUCCUGUGAUUGGAAGUCCUCCAGGAGAAGGUAUGCCUAUUCCCCCGGGAUUUUUCCAGCAGUUCAUGUCUCCUCGAUACCCAGGUGGGCCUAGAGGUUCUCUCAAAAUACCCAGUCAGGCUUUGAGUCCUGGGAACCAACCCCUCUUAUCCAGUGGGAUGGAUCCUUCAAGACAACCAGGCCAUCCCAACAUGAGUGGGCCCAUGCAGCGAAUGACUACUAGAGGAAUGGUUCCUGUUGGACCACAGAACUAUGGUGGUGGGAUGAGACCUCCCCUAAAUGCCUUAAUGGGACCUGGAAUGCCUGGGAUUAACAUGGGUCCUGCAGGAGGAAGACAUUGGCCAAACCUUGCAAAUGCCAGUUCGAUUCCUUAUUCAUCUGUGUCUCCAGGCAGUUAUUCGGGUCCCCCAGCAGGAGGAGGCCCUCCAGGCACACCCAUCAUGCCUAGUCCUUCAGAGUCAAACAACUCUGGUGACAACAUGUACAGUAUAAUCAGCUCAGUCCCUCCGAAUGGAAACAAAGCAAGUUUUCCAUUGGGUUCAGGUGCUGAUGGUCCAAUGGGCAGCAUGGCAGGCAUGGUGCCUUAUCAUAUGAAUGAUUCAUUAUGUAGGACAGAUAUAACUGACACAGCACAAUGCCGAAGAUCUGGUGACAUUGAAAGCCUCCCAAAGAGCUCACCAGGAAACCUUAGCAUAAAUAAUCAGCACGGCACACCAAGAGAUGAUGGAGACAUGGGCGGCAACUUCCUCAGUGCUUUUCAGAGUGAAAAUUAUUCUCCAAACAUGACAAUGACUGUGUGAGAAGUUAUCGUUGUAUUCAAUCAAGAUGCGGAAUCUUUUCUCAACUGGCUCUUUGGUUUUUUACUCAUUUUAUCUUUGGUGAACUAUUUUGAAUUAGAGUAUAUAAUUAUACACCAAAUCUGAACAAACCCAAGCAAGCCAUGAAAUGAGGCAGAAGAAGCCUUCAAGAAGCUUUAUAUUUUUGACAUGCUUUACAUGGUUUAAGUCUGUGUCCUAUCGGCUGUUUGGAAUUACACCUGGCUGGAAUGUUUUUUUUUGUUUUUUUUUUCAAUUUCCCCACAGCCCAUCUCAAUUUUGUCUUAAGAGGACUACAGUCCAAAUUAUUAUUUUUUUAUGUAACUUCAGCUGAUGAACAGAUUUUUAAUAUCCAUCUAUCAUUGUUUUCUUGAGCUGUGUUUCAAACAUAUUCCAAGGAGAGGGCAGUAUCCCCAUGCAUAAGUUCCAUAGUGAUAACCUUCAUUUUAAGAUGCAUUAAUUACACAAAAUAGUUUACACAAUGCCAGAUCUGUUAUUGUUGAACAGCUUGACAUAUUGACAGAAAAUCUUCUUUAUAAAUUAUGGUUGUUUUGUUUUUGAGUGGACUAGACUUUCAAGUAUAACAUGAGGAGUUCUUCCUCAAGAUUUUUCAUGGCUGUUAUUUAAGUUUAAUUAAAGACUUUAACCUCAAACACCAAUACUGCCAGUUCUGAAAAACAGCCACCAUCAUAGUAAGCUGGAACAUUACCCUGUAUUAAAUACCUUCAGUUUAGGAGAACCAAAAGGUUGGUUUCAUUUAAAUUGGGUUUCAGUAAAAGACCGAUAUAUUUCCCUAAAAGCAACAUAUUGUAGGUUUCACCACAACAUUUCCUGUCAUUUUUUUUUCUUUCUUUUUCUUGUAAAUCUAUGAACAAUUUGGGUAUGCUGAUAUAAAGAUCAUUUUCACCAUU